UGUGCGGAGUCCAUCUGUCAGUGCACCCGCGGAGCGCGCACGCUUCUCCGUGUCAGCAUGAGCGCGGCGUGCAGCGGCUACCUGAGCGCCGACGACGUGUCGGUGGACGCGUUCUCCUGCCCCAGGCCGGCAAACGCCGCCGCUCGCUUCUGUUGCGGCUUUAAUGACUUGAAGUACUGCUGCGACGACCCCAACAGCUUUUACCCGCACGACUAUGCUUACAUGUGGUGGCUCAGUAUUUGGGCUCUUGUCGGCCUGUCUUUUGCAGCGGUGAUCCUUCUCGCCUUCCUCAUUACAGUAUGCGUUCUUUGCUACCUCUUUAUUGCCACCAAACCAAGUCGGCGUGAAAACAACGUAGCCUUACGAGCACCAGGCGACCCCCGGCAGGGAUCCGGCCCGACCGGAGAGAAGCGCGCCUCCGGUCCGCGGGGAUUCCGAAAGUACUUCAUGAGCAGGAAGUUGCAAUCUGACAACCAGCCCGCAGACCCAGAGCGUCUUUUUCAGAGGUGUUUCACAGCCACCGUUACGGCCGUGAGGGUGGAAAGUCCUUCAUAGAAGAAGCUUUUAGCAUUGAUUUAGUGGAUGAAAUGUGGAGACGGUCUGACCAGGAGGAGGACGAGUCUCACAUGCAGUAUCUGGUCUUCAUAAAGAAGAGCGAGAAGACAAUAAAGGGAACAUCAUAAUAUUAUUGGCCAAUAAUAAUAUAACAAUUUGUUAUUUGGGAGACUUCAACUUGAGUCUCACGGGGUUUCUCGUCGUUUUGUCGCCACAAAUGGUCAAAACGGUGACGAUCUAGAUAUCUGGAUUUGUGUUUGACUGGAGUUUUUUUUUUUUUACCAGCUGUAAUGCCAAACAUGUUUAAGUCGGAUCUGACGCCUCCACACCAGCAGGCGCCACGCUUUUCUUUGCACCAUGGACCUGUUUCAUGUCAAGCAAUUUUGUGACUGACCGGCAGAGGAACAAACAAACAAACAAACAAACAACAAAACAUGAUUUCAAAUAUAACUCGCUGUUCUGCUGAAUGUACUUGUUGUAAUGAAUGGGAGCCCUGCGCUUGCUUGUGAUCCCUUCUGGCGGCGAUGGGAGACCUUGACGCCAGUGUCUUUCUUAUGUCCAGUUUGCUCUGUAAUUUGCUUUCGGUCGCCAUGGAAAUGUAACCAGUAAGUGUCUGUGUGUGUAAGAAACUUGCAAAGGAGUUUCCCAGCGCAUACAUUGCACAUGCCGUGCCCGUAUCAUUGGCAAUUUGAGGAUGUCCGCAGGAAUACAAUGCGCUCAUCUUCAACCUUGCGUUGAGGCUUUAUCCAUUUAGUUCCAAUCCAGUUCAGGUGUAAUUAGCGAUGGGAAUGGUGACUGAGCAGUGGUGGACAGACGCACGUGGUCGGUCACGCGUGCCUCGCCUUGCUCUUUCGCGUUACAAUUGAAUAUUACGGCACAUUGUACUCGAGCACGGAGCCCCAUUGCUAAUGAAUUCGGCACAGAAUUCCUGAAAAUCUUCCUCUUCGCUGACAAACGGGACGUGUGCAUCGCUUCAAGGCUUUGCCGUUUGCUUUAGUUCCAGAAGUAUUUGUACGGAGUUACUGCGAUUUCCAUUCGUACACACCGCCGUAAUGUAUUUGAAAUAAAACAAUCAAGAUGUGAUUGAAGUUGAGACUUUCAGCUUUAAUUGAAGGUGUUUAUAAUGGAUCAACAUUACCAAACCUCACAAUUCAUCUUACAAUGUCUUUUGCUCUCUGGUGCCUCCUUGACAUUCAUAUCAAAUAUAGGAGCUCAAAUCAGUUUUAAAUGAGCUUUUUUUUUUUGUUUUUUUUGGUAUCGGUUUUGUUGAUAUGUCUAACUUGUAACUGGUCGAAAAUGUUGUUUUUAAUCACAGAAGCGUCUCAACAUGCACACGACCCAACUAUAACCUUUUUAGCCAUCUAAAGGAAGAGAAGAAAUGUGAGCUACAUAACUCAGCAGAAAUGACAUCAUCAAGCUAAUCGCUUUGACCUCGGCUAGACCGAAGUCCUCUCGUCUACUUUUGUGUUCCAGUCGGAAUGGAGUGUGUUAUUCAAACCAAUGUUAAUGUUACUCAUCUCAGCAGAAAAAGAUCUAUUUAUAUCGAAGUCUUUCUUUUCUUUAUUAUCUAGCUGAGUUUGUUCUUUACCAGUUAGCAUACUUUAGCAGUUAACACAGCCAACAUAUUGAUCAAAAGCAUUGAUUUGCAACCCUGUUGCUGUAAUUAGAGUGACACUAAAAUUGAAUGAGUAUUCAAAUAUAAUUGACCCUUCUUCAUUGAAAUGUAGAUGAUUUAUUCAGCAAUAUUCUCUAGGUGCCCGAGUAUCUGUAAAAGGGUUGUGCCAAACUCAGCCAAAAAAUAUAUACAUUCUCAUAAAAAGUGUACCGCUGAUGGUUGAACUCGAUGAAUCACCUGCGUUUCUUGGAAAUAUAGCAAGGAUUUAUGAAAUCAAGGAUCCGUUUUACAGAAAUGCUCCUCCAAUUCUGCAAUCAGCGUUGUACUCAACUUUCCAUCAUCCUCGUAAUAUUUUCAUUGCGACGGUAGCACGUCAUUUUCCGUAAAUUCAACUACUCGUAAUAAUAAUACUCAAUUAUUGUGACUUUAGGAAACAGGCAUUGCUACAUUCUGAGGAUUAUGCUUUUUUUUUUUUUUUUUGGGUCAAAUUUGAUUGACCUUGUGGCCUUUAUCACAUUCGUCAAAUGUAACUCAUACCAAAGUGUAACCCAUAAAUCAGUCACCGUCUAGCGCACAUCCCCGCCGCCGCCACUGAAGCGCUAAGGGAACCCACGCCGCACCGUAUUUCAGUCACAAGCAUCCGAAUAUGACAACAGAAAAUGUCGAUCAUCUCCCUUCACACAACUCAUCGAUUUCAUAUUUGCUGUCGGAAAUCUGAUCAAGUUUGAAUUCUGGAGUUAAGACAGCCAGCUCCAUUUUUAAUGUAAUGUAUAUACUGUACAAUACAUGAAAAAAGAGCCCAUUUUUUGCACGUUUAUUUUGCAGGGUGUGGCUGAUCGUAGCCAUUAGAUGUAUGACAAUGUAUUCGAAAUCCAUCGUGUAAGUUUGUCUGAGUGUACAGUAACUGAUAUUCUCUAUUUGAAUAUUUCCUGAUACAUGUCCCACUAAUUAUUUUGUCCACAUUUGACAGCAUACGUAGCAAGUCUGGUUAAAGCUUGAAGCUUGUUGUGUUUUUCAUCUUUGUCGAGUGUCGUGUCUACGUCAAUGCAGACACGGG